AGGUUUCUUCGGUCUUCUCGAGUUCUUGUCUCCGCCCGCCCUUCAAUCGUAGUCGCCACCGCCGCGGAAACUGUAAGCACAACUCACUAACUACAGUUGGAACCUUAACUGCUCACUUUUACUACUCGUUCUCUCUUCUCAUAAAGUUCAGUAACGUCUCGCCGCAAGUCCAGAAGGUUGUGUCUUAAAUGGAGAAGUCGCCGGAAAGUAGUUUCUUGUUCUGUGGUUUGUGUGGGACGAUGCUUAUCUUGAAAUCAACCAAGUCUGCAGAAUGUCCACUCUGCCACACAACCCGAAAUGCUAAUGAAAUCAUUGACAAGAAAAUAGCUUACACAGUUGCUGCUGAGGAUAUCAGAAGAGAACUUGGAAUAUCUCUGUUUGGUGAGAAAACGCAGGAAGAAGCUGAGCUACCUAAGAUUAAAAAGGCGUGCGAGAAAUGCCAGCACCCGGAGCUUGUAUACACAACCAGACAGACAAGAUCAGCGGAUGAAGGACAAACAACAUACUACACUUGUCCCAAUUGUGGACAUAGAUUCACAGAAGGUUAACAUUGUUAUCAUCUCCAGCACAGAGAAGACCAGUUUUGUUUCUUACAUUGAUGUUACAAACUCAAUAUUCGAUGUCAUCAUCAUCAGAAACAUAUCUUUUUAUUAGUCUUCAAAUAAAGAACAUAAAAAUGAAAAAUCUAUAACCGCCAGGCUAUUUUGUGCCAAGAGAGCCUUUAUAAAAGUCAUGGCUUAACAAAUCACACAAAGUAGAGAAGAGUUCUAUCAAUUUAAAAAAAAA